AUGUCUGUAGUACACGCCACUACUGCUGCUUCUAAGGUUGCCUGCCGCUUCAUCCCUCUCCUAGACCGAGUCCUAGUGCAGAAACUUCGUGUGGAGUCGAAGACCGCUACAGGAGUGUUCCUGCCCGAGGCUGCCAAGCCGACUAUUAACCAGGCUGUAGUCAUGGCUGUUGGUAGCGGUAGGAUCCUCAAUGAUGGAACUAAGAUCCCUAUUUCGGUCCAGCCCGGUGAUAAAGUUAUUAUACCCGAAUUUGGUGGUAUGAAUUUGAAGUUGGACGGUGAAGACUUCCAAGUUUUCCGUGACGAUGACAUUGUGGGCAAAAUCGUUUCACAACAAGCAACAUCUACGGAGGAGUAA